GAGGAUCAUGACAUGGGAGAUGGAAUGCAAUGCAGUGACCAUCCUUUUAGAAACAACCCAGGUGGGAUCUGUGCCUUUUGCCUUCAAGAGAAGCUUGGAAAACUCGUUUCCUCUUCUUUCCCUCUUCCUAUUCGUGCUUCUUCCUCUUCUUCCUCUUCCCCCUCUUUCACCCCUGCUUCCUCUUCCUCUUCUCUUUCCCUCUCUGUCAACAAAAAUGCAACCCAUGCCCAUUAUCAUGAAUACUACACGCGCAGAACUCGCCUCCCUUUUCUCUCUGCCAAGAAGAAGAAGAAGAAGCCUUCACCCUCUGCUAACACUUCAUCAGCUUCGGGGGUAAACUCUGAUAUCAUUCUCAAGCGCAGCAAAUCCACCGCCACACCCAGAAGAGGACACUCCUUGGUUGACGCUGACGAUGACGACAUAGUCAUUGAAGAUUUCAGUCCCAGGAAAAGAAACGGGUUUUGGUCCUUUCUCUAUCUCUCUUCCAAAUCAUCCAAGAAUAAGGAUAAGUGCUGUUCAGGUUCUUCCCUGGGGAGAAAGAGUGACAUUGUUGUGGAAGAGGAUAACAGCCCCAAUACCCACACCACUGCUUCUGCUUCUGCGUCUGCUUCCUCUCUUGAGCGCAAGGUUUCGAGAUCUAGAUCUGUUGGGUGUGGUAGCAGGAGUUUCUCUGGUGAUUUCUUCGAGAGAAUUUCCACUGGGUUCGGAGAUUGCACUCUCAGGAGGGUGGAGUCUCAGCGUGAAGGUAAGCCUAAGGUAUCAGCUGGUGGCGCUGCCAUGAACCGUGGCGGGGAUCAUCACCAUCACCACCACCACCAUUGCAUGAAGGAAAGGGUUCGGUGUGGAGGGUUGUUUGGUGGGUUCAUGAUGACUUCGUCUUCUUCAUCGUCUUCGUCUUCUUCUUAUUGGGUUUCUUCUGCUGAUGAUGCUGUGAAUGGGAAGUCAGCGAGUGUUGCACUCUCUCAUAGCAGGGGUAGAAGUUGGGGUUGGGCAUUUGCUAGUCCUAUGAGAGCUUUUACCAGCAAACCCUCUUCUAAAGACAAUAGAAGGGAUAUUAUUAGAGACGCCAAUGAUAAGAAUGCCACACCAAACUUGUCUGCUAUACCUUCGUUGCUUGCUGUCAGAGGCUGA